CACAUAUCUUUCCCAUCACAUCCAUCCUUCUCUAUCACCACCUCUCACAGAACAACAAUGGCACAAUCAGAAUAUUAUUCAAACUCAAAAGCUUCUGCAAUCUCUCUAAUAAUUGCGAGUCUAAUAGUAGCCGCAUCCGCAGGCAGUUUUUAUGAUGAAAUGGACCUCACAUUUGGUGGUGAACGUGCUAAGAUUCUCAAUGGCGGUCAGGAUCUCUCCCUUUCACUCGAUCAGUACUCUGGCUCUGGUUUCCAGUCCAAGAACGAGUAUCUCUUUGGGAGGUUCGACAUGCAACUGAAACUAGUACCUGGCAACUCUGCUGGCACCGUCACCACAUUCUAUUUGUCAUCACAAGGCGCGGGACAUGAUGAGAUAGACUUUGAAUUCUUGGGCAACUCAACAGGAAACCCUUACACAAUCCACACCAAUGUGUAUUCACAAGGCAAAGGGGAUAAAGAACAGCAGUUCCACCUAUGGUUCGACCCUACUGCAGCCUUCCACACAUACACCAUCGUAUGGAACGCCCAAAGAAUCAUUUUCUUGAUAGAUAACAUACCAGUAAGGGUGUUCAAUAACCAUGAGGCUGCUGGGGUCCCCUUCCCCAAGAGCCAACCAAUGAGGGUGUAUGCCAGCUUGUGGAAUGCCGAUGACUGGGCAACCCAAGGUGGGCGUGUUAAGACCGACUGGACUAUGGCACCUUUCACAGCUUCCUACAGGAAAUUCAACGCCAAUGCCAACAAAGUGGGCCCCAACUCAAAGUCAACUACUUCUGAAAAUGAAAACCAGGCAUGGAGUACACAAGGACUCGAUGCGGCAGGGCGAAACCGGAUUAGGUGGGUGCAAAACAAGCACAUGAUCUACAACUAUUGCAAUGACUACAGCCGGUUUCCCAAUGGUCUUCCUGUUGAAUGCACACGGUCCAGAUUCCUCUAAAGCCUCACUACUCUAGAUCUUGAUUUGCAUAUUCCAUUAAUAUGUUGUGAAUGUUUUUUAGUGUCAGAACAUUCUUUAUUCUUUGAUUCAUUGUACACUGCACAAAUUCAUAUUAUAAAUAAUUAUAGUAGUAUAAUAAGAAGGA